UCCUGCAAGCUCUGCUUCCACACGCUCAGUUCCCUAGGACGGGAGCGCUAAGGGCGGAGGGAACCACGCUUCUGCCUCACUCCAGACCCCAAACCUCCAGUGGGUCCUGAGGCUCAGCCAGCAUCCAAUGGAGGACAAGAAGAAGAAAAGGAGUCCCAAGCCCUGCCUGACCCAGCCAGCCCAGGCCCCGGGCACAUUACGAAGGGUCCCUGUGCCCACCAGCCACAGCGGCUCCUUAGCCCUGGGACUCCCUCAUCUGCCAUCCCCCAAGCAGCGAGCCAAGUUCAAGAGGGUAGGCAAGGAGAAAUGCCGCCCGGUGCUGGCCGGAAGUGGGGGUGGCUCUGCAGGCACCCCGCUGCAGCACUCGUUUCUGACCGAGGGGACGGACGUCUAUGAGAUGGAGGGGGGACUGUUGAACCUGCUCAAUGAUUUUCAUUCAGGCCGGCUGCAGGCCUUCGGGAAGGAAUGCUCCUUUGAGCAGUUGGAGCACGUGCGGGAGAUGCAGGAGAAGCUGGCCCGGCUGCACUUCAGCCUAGACGUGUGUGGGGAAGAGGAGGAAGAGGAGGAGGAAGAGGACGGGGUCACUGAGGGACUGCCAGAGGAACAGAAGAAGACGAUGGCCGACCGAAACCUGGACCAGCUGCUUAGCAAUCUGGAAGAUCUUAGUAACUCUAUACAGAAGUUGCACCUGGCCGAGAAUGCCGAGCCUGAGGAGCAGUCAGCUGUGUAGGUGUCGGACCCAGGACCAGACUGCCUCUCUCAUUCCCUUCAAACUGUGACUUUUUACGAACUCGAUCGGGUAUUCCGCGGCCCCCCAGGUGCUAUGGGGGAGGGGGGCGCUGGAUGAAAUUAAACCAGAAAGAAAGACACCGGCUCCGUGUGCUCCCUC